AUGGCGGCAACAGAAACUGUAAACAGCGUCCUGAGGUCUGAUGUCGAGUCGAUAGUCAAUCGCUGGCUUGUUGACUAUUAUCUGUUUCUGGCGACAGAGUUGUUUAAAAAUGAGGAAUACUCGGAUUUCUGUGAAAUUAGAGAUGUACUCCAGAGUGUUUUGGCUCGUCCUUUGGAGUCCACAGACAGCAUGCGGUUAAAGAUUCAAGUAUUGCAGUUACUUUCCCGGAUAAAUGAUGGAGAUAGACUUGACCUGACGUUUGACUCUGAUGAUUCGGUAUCUCCGCUGGAAUCAGCCUUAAUGUUGCUGGAAAAUAUAAGCGAGGAAUAUAAUAUUCCGCAGCAGGAUUUCGAGAGUGUAUCUACUUCAUUGAAAGAGAUGAUUGUUGGGAUUUUUAUUAAAGACAACAGAUUUGAGAGAGCAAAAGAGUUGCUCAACAAACACUUUCCCAAACCAAUGGUUGGCAAGAAAGCGAUAUUCAUGGGUCUCAUCAGCCAGAAAAGUAAUACGCAUGAAGUCAUUGAGCAGAUCAACUUUCAACGGUUCAAGGCGGAGGUGUAUGCCUUCUGUCAAAGACUUUGCCCGUUCACUGUUCCUUUUCUCCAAAAGGCUGCACGACAGCUUAUUGAUAAAAGACAGAUGGAGGAAGACAACGGAGCUGUUGGACCUGAUGAGCAAGACGAACCUGGCCCGUCCUCUACUCCACAAAUAAACACAGACCAUAAACACACAAUUAUCCAGAGGUCCAGGCUGGAGGCCACCUACAAGGCUUUGGCUGCAGGUUCAGACAAGAGAACCUUCACUCAGCUCGAGGAGGAGGUUGAAAGCGAGGAGCAGGUCAGAACAGAAAAGGAGAUUUCUCUUCGCCUAUCACCUCCUCACAGGAAAUCCGUUAUCUUGGACUCAGAGAGAGACUCAGGCAGCCCCAUGGAGGGUUCACCAGCAGACCAACCACCGCAAACGGAUACUGUUCCUCCAACACAGGCAGGGUCGCUUUCAAAGACACCGCGCUCAAAGGCACCUAUAACACUUAGAAACAGGCGGCUUUACACUGUGGCACAACUGGUCAUAGAGCCAGACAGUCAAGGGAGCUCGCAGUGCACUUCAGCUUCUCAGGAACUGGAGGCUGAAGUCACAACAGAAGAACCAGAACAGACACUGGAUAUAUCACAUAAAAGACACCUGCAGAGCCCAGAAACAGACAGUGAGGUUUCCAUAGCCACCAAGAAACGCUCCAGAACAGCCAUCAACAGGGUAAACAGAGCCUCAUCUAGUUUGGAGGAGUUGUCAGCAGACAGUGAGGAGGAAACUCGUCGCUCUGUGACUAGUGAGAGUGUACGUGUACGAAAACACCACAACCAAACCAACAGUUCACAGAGCAGGGACAAAGGUAAUACAGAUGAAUUUUCCAUCACAGAUUAUUCAUUGGACAGCUCGCCCAAUCUGUUCCCUCGUCACCCCCUCCCUCGAACGAGCUCCACUCCUCAAAAGGACCCUGUUGAAGAGCCAGGCCCCUCAGGUUCAAAAUGGAAACAGCUGUUCAACAACGCAAAGGAGAGUAAGGAUACCUGGAAUGAUGAAGAUAUGCUCUUCACAAAGAAAAGCGAAUCACCCAACAAGAGCACCGUUUCAAACUCAGGCCAGAGGAGGAAGUGGACUGAAAGUGAGUCACAGAAGCUGAGAGACGGAGUUAAAAGAUUUGGAGAGGGAGCCUGGGGCAAAAUAAGAGCGCACUACUCCUUAGAUAGUCGUACGAAUGUUAACCUUAAGGACAGAUGGAGAACCAUGAAGAAGUCAAAAUUGGUCUGA